AUGACUGGAAAAGACUCAUCAAGGACCAAGCCGAAUGACGACAAACAGCCACUCUUCAACAUCUCACACAUCCUCCUUGGCCUAACAAUCGGGAUCUGUCUAGCUGUUAGCAUCAACCAACUCUCGUUGUCAGACUUUGGGCGAUGGGCAAGCUAUCUGAUCAAGCCAUCCUCAUCGGCUGUCCUAGAAUCAUCGGAUGACCAUUUAAGCUGGUUGAGUUGGCACAAAGUUCAGCUCAAUAACCCACUCUCCAAGCACGACCAUCACCCCAGUGAAUAUCACCACUCAGAAGACCAUCCCAACCAUCAACCUCCAACCCUCAAGGAAGAGAUCAAGAAGAUCAUAAAUUCAAACAGACUCAAACUCAAUAACUUUAACAUCAUUCACUCCGAUGACGAACUAUAG